AGCUGAGCUUUUCGAACUCCACCUCGUCUUGAUGGAGAAGCACGUCGUGGGCCUGCCGUGCGAGACUCACUGCGGUGGCUACAACAAGCGCCGGCGAUACGGUCGCUACGAAGACUACGACGACGGAGCAGAUGAUGGGGAAAGCGCAGAGAUGGACGAGAUCCACGAUGAGACGCUGCGCGUGCUACAUUGGGUCAACGAGCGCAACGAGCAGCUCAAGUUGGCGUCAGUCCAAAUUCAGUUAGAGUCCGAGCUUGUCAACAACGUCGACGACGUAUUUGAAGACAUGGAGCCAACACAGCGCGAGUACGAGGGCUACACUGGCAACGCCGGCCCAACGCUCGAGUUUACGUACCGACGGGCGCUGCUCGUGCUCUGGCCGCGCGCACGGUCGCUAGAAGUCGCAGGUGUCAAGUCGGCUCUUUCCCGGGUGCAGUCGCUUGUCGACAGUGGUGACGCAGCGUCUGCGGAAUCGCUGCUGGAGCGCAUUGCUGCGUUUGCGGUUGCGCCAACAGAACCCGAGCUAGCAACUGCUCUACAAGCGGCCGCGACAAUUGCCGCGCGAGAAUCUGCUGUCGCCAUGCUGCGCCGGUGGGCAGCGACGCCGAAAGCACCGGUGCCAUCGCGUAGCAGCUACUACGACAAGCAGACGCCAACCGACUCUACAACAACGUUGGUACCGGCAAUUGCUGCGCUCAUACACUCCUUUGGAUGGACGUCGUCGUUCAAGGAGCUCAUUAGUACGACAGUCGCGCCUCGCCUCGGCCUCGCAGCAGUCGUGCAGCUCGCCGGCGCGGCACCCCAAGCUGCCGAUACACUCUUAUCAACCGUAAACUGGACAACCACGACCUUACCCCUGCCGUCCCUUUCGGCACUACACGACCUGGACGCAAACGGACGACUGCCCGACAGAGUCUUCAUGCAGCUCGUAGCCAAAUCGGAUUUGAGCUACGGCGAUAUGUCCACGCUCGUGCGGCGUGCAAUCGGCCAAGAGAGUCCGAGCAGCGUGUUUCUCGCCAUUGCUCUGGCCCAGAGGCCCCCGGACAAGACUCACACCGUGCCGAUCGCGACGACGCUUCUCUCGGUGCCGGCGGCCGCUGCUCUUUUUGUGCAAUCGCUGCUGGGUCCGUGCCAACAUGCCAGCGAUUCGAUCGUACCCGGUAUCUUGGAGACGGCGCGUCAACUAAGUAAUACGCCAGCUUACCAGAACCUCGUGUCCUUCCGCCUGCGCUUGUUGCCAGGAGCUAAAGAUGCACCUCCAGUCAAGACGUGGUGCCAACCAAGCGCGCGGCUGCCGUCGCACCCGCGCGUCCAGGACUUUCUCCGCGGUCCGACACAAACUAUGACUGAAGUCGGCUUUAACGGCAUCGCCCAUGCCCGCAACUUUGCCAACAAGUAUUUUGGCGCUGGCGUCAACCGCGUCACUGGCGCGAGUGCAAUGGCGGAGCCCUAUGGCACGGGCCAAAACGCCCGCUGCGAUAUUACCAAGACCGACUCGUACUACAAGGCGUCGCUUGUCAAGUGGAAGCAACGCCGCGACGAGGGAAUCGCUUUAAGGCAGCUCCUUUCCGCACCUUUCGAGCGGGUGACCGUGUCGAUUGGUGCGGACGUCUAAUUGCACUCCAAAUGAAUAUCAUUUUGUCGAGUUCUUGCU